GCAAAUUUUUGUAAUGAUUUUAGUUUUUCUGUUUUGGUUUUUUUUUAAUAAAAUUUUUGGUUUCUGGAUUAUGAGGUGUUAGGAACAAUGUUAAAGAUUGCAAAAUUUCUUGUUAUUUUAGCCCAUAUGGUUGAAAAGAGUGAUUGAAGCAGCCUAUGGUGCAUGUGUAUCUGUUUGGCAUUUGGGAAGACCAAAACUCCUAAUGCAGAACCCGAGUUGCUAUUCUUCGAAUGCCCUUGUGUUAGUGUUGUUCGGAUUAGAUUAAGGUUUUCACGUUCUUGAUAUGAUGAGGAAGAUGCUGUCCGAUUGGUCUGGGGAGGGAAGUUAGCCUUAGCCUCGUCCGGCCCUGCUUCUACUAGAAACCAGUGGCGAAUCGAGGAUCUGUGCUCUGUACACUUGCUGCAGAGGAGUUUGGUCAGUGGUAUUUACUUGAGGGACGUAAUAUGAGCUUUACUGGUCCAUCUGUUGGUUCUGGUGGUAGAACUGCUAGGAGGGCGUUUGAGUUUGGAAGAACCUAUGUAGUCAGACCUAAAGGCAAACACCAGGCCACCGUAGUUUGGCUACAUGGCCUCGGCGAUAAUGGUUCAAGCUGGUCCCAGCUCUUGGAAUCCCUCCCUCUUCCAAAUAUUAAGUGGAUCUGUCCAACUGCUCCUACUCAGCCAAUUUCAGUUCUUGGUGGCUUUCCUUCCACUGCUUGGUUUGAUGUUGGAGAACUUUCGGAAGAUGCUCUGGAUGAUGUAGAGGGUUUGGAUGCUUCUGCAACACAUGUUGCAAAAUUGUUAUCGACAGAGCCUGAUGACAUUAAACUUGGCAUUGGAGGUUUUAGUAUGGGUGCAGCUACUGCACUAUACUCCGCCACCUGCUUCUCUACAAGAAAAUAUGGGAAUGGUAAUCAAUACCCAUGCAAUCUGAGUGCCGUUGUUGGACUAAGCGGAUGGCUUCCAUGUUCCAAGACCUUGGGUAAGAAGUUAGAAGAAGUAGAUGAAGCUGCAAGGCGUGCUGCCUCCAUUCCGCUUUUGUUAUGUCAUGGGAAAAGUGAUGAUGUGGUUCCUUACAAGUUUGGUGAGAAAUCGUCGCAGACCUUAAGUUCAACUGGCUUUCAGAAUGUGACAUUCAAAUCCUACAACAGGCUUGGUCAUUAUACAAUUCCGGAAGAGAUGGACGAGGUUUGUGCUUGGCUAAGAUCAAAGUUGGGGCUUGACGGGACUUCAUAGAACGCCCGUGAAACUCUCGAGCAGCGGCAAAUGAAGAAGAAGCACAGAAUAUGUAGGAAACAAUAACUUUAAUGUGUUCCGUACGACCUUUAUGUCCUUUAUGACCUGUUAUUAUUUGGCUGGUGGCACUAGUUAAAUCGAUAUUCGCAUGUAAUAACUGGCAUUCAUUAUUUGAAUUAAGAACAUGUCGUUUGGAAGUAAA